AUGUCCCCGACGCCGCCUACCACCGACUCUCCGCCGCACCUUCGCAGGCCUCUUACAGGCAAUAAGGGCGCCGGCGGCGACAUGACCAUGAUGUUCUUUGCCCAGCCCGACUGCCCCGUGAGGUUCGCCCACCAGGACGAGCACCGCGUGAGGGGCCUCAACGCCGAGGCCAUUGCCCGCGUCCUCCUUCCCGCCCCCUCGUGGCUGCUGGCGCUCGACUUGAAUCUCUCAAUCUACGGCCAGCCGGUCGUCGACUCGGAUUGGUCUGAGCAGUGGUUCUUUAUGUCCGGCCGCGUCCAUCCGUACGCCCUCGCCUGGGAGGUCGAGCGCCGCGACGGUCUCGAGGCCGACGUCGGCGAGACUCUCCUCUAUACGAUGCCCGCCCUCGUCGUCCGCGACCAGGGCUACCAGCCCGUCCUCCCGCGCUCCUUGGCACCCGACGGCCACUUCCCCUCGACGCCUCCUGUUGUCUCCUUUCACGGCGUCGUCGCCGGCUCCGGACUUGACCUCCUGCAGGCCGAUCUUCUUCCUGCUAUCGACGUACAUCGCCCUGGCGUCCCGGACAAGGUUCCCUUCAAGGGCUACCACCCCUUUCAGGUCUUUGUCAUCUUUCCCAUCUAUGCCAACCCUUGGCUCGUCCUGUGUAAGAAGCUGGCCGAGAGGUCCGCCUCUCCCUUUCUGCCUGGUAUCCCGUUUACCUGCACUGGCAAGGUCGCCGGCCUUCUCGAUCAUGGCGUGAUGUGUGUCCCGCCCGGCUCGGACCGCGAUUACGUCUUCGUCGUCGUCCCGGAUAGCUGGACUUUCCAUGAUAGGUCUUCCGCCGCUGCCGCCUCCGCUUCCCCGCUGGCCCAGCCCUGA